AUGCCGUUCCCGCCCACGUCGCCGCGGGCGCCCGCCCGGACCCCGGGGGUCCCGGCCGCGCGAGCCCCGCCCCCGAGGCCCGGCGCCCCCCGCAGGCCCGUGGCGCCCCCCGGAGCCCCGCCCGCGCCCUCGCCGCCCGCCGCCGCGGAGAGGAGGAGACCCCCGGAGCGGCCCGAGGGGCUGCUGUCCGGCUCCUGGCCCUCGACCACCCUGAAGAGGCCGCCGGCCCGGCGCGCCCCCGGCCCGGCCCCUCCGCGCGCCCCGGCCAGGCCCGGGCGCCCCGGCCCCAGCCCCGCGGGAGCCGCAGGGCCCGCCGCCGCCGUGCGCGUCUCGCUCAGCCUGACCCCCGAGGCCGUCCUGCUGCUCCAGCGGCGCCACCUGGACAAGCCGCUGCUGGCGCGGCCCUGCCGCCCGCUGCCCUCGCCCUCGGCCGCCGCCGGGCGCCCGCUCGGCCCCUGCCCCUGCGCCCGGCCCGCGGGCCCCGGCCGCCGCCGGCCGCCCCCCGGCAGCCUGCAGGCCCCCGGCCCGCGGCCCGCGCUGCCCGUGUCGCUGCUGAACGAGCGGCCCAAGUACGACGACGUGGAGGACGAGGAGGAGGCCCCGGGGCCGGACGAGGGCCUGGUCCGCAAGUGCACGGAGUGGCUGCGCGGCGUGGAGAAGGCGGCCGCCGCGCGCCACCGCUCGGGGCCCCUGGACACGCUGCCGCACCUGAGCACGCUCUGA